AUGGCGGGCAGCAGCGCGGUGAGGCUCCGGCUCCGGUUCGACUAUCCUCCUCCCUCCGGGCCGCAGUGCCGCAUGAGCUGGAUCCUGCUGGAUCAGAACCGCUGCAGGGUUAUAGCGGACCUGUGCAGUGAGAUCCGGGAGAGGUUCGGCUACAGCCGCAGAACCGAGCUGGACCUGUUCAUAGAGGAGAGCUACCUGCCCCCGGCUGAGAGCAUCUACCUGAUCCGGGACAACGACAGCAUCAGGGUGAAGGUUUCCAGCCCCUCCUGUCUGAGUGUGCAGACUGCAGGGAAGAAGAGGAGCAGAGAGGAUGAGGAGCAGCUGCUGGAGGACGACGUGGCUGUAGGACCAAAGAAGAGCAGAAGUGAGCCAAGCCAAGUAAACGGUUUCAACCAACCAGAGGAGACCAAGAAGAAGAAGAAGAAGAAGAAGAAAAAGAAGGUAGAGAAAAAGGCUGAGGCUGCUGUGGAACCCAUCACACCCGCUAAAGAACCCGCCUCCUCCAAGACCAAACCGGAGAAAAGCAGCAAAAAAGCGUCGGGUUCUUCUGUGUCUGCCAACGGCAAAGCAUCGCAAACGAGUAGGAAACAUGAUGACACAUCAGACUCUUCAGACAGCAGCGCUCAGAAACCCCCACCACCCAAACCUAAACCCAAGCCCAAGCAGGCUGUAGCAGCUAAAGCGAAGGAAAGCACUUCUUCAGAAGGUUCUUCGUCUUCUGAAGAUGCUGCACCUACAAAGCCGAACGUGACUGUCAAACCAGCUCCCGUUACACCAAAACCCACCUCCACAAACUCUAAACCGUCAGCCAAAAAGCCCCCCACACAACCGUCCUCUGAUUCAUCAUCAUCAUCAUCUUCACCAACACCUCCAGUUAAGAAGGUACCUCCACCCUCUGCAGUCCAGAAUGGUCCAGCUGCUGCUCCGUCCACUCCGCUGGUCAAAAAGGAUGAGAAGAAGCCAGAAAGCUCAGACUCGGACAGCAGCAGUGAGACGGAGCUGGUGAUUAAGAAACCCAACCCGCAGGUCAUGGGAAUGACCCCCCGCGGGGGCGGUAGGGUCAGGGGUCGUGGAGGGGUCUGGGGCGGCUUCGGGAGGGCCAGAGGGACGCCAUGGAAACAGAACUUUCACUAUAACUAUGACAGCGGGGAGCAGCAGAAGCAGGUCGAUUCACAGACCAACAGAAGCCGGGUGAUAGAGAAUCCUCCGGAGCCGGAGCAGCGGGACUACAGCGCUCUGCCUCUGCUCGCAGCUCCGCCUGCAGCGGGACAGAAAAUCGCUUUCAAGCUGCUGGAGCUCACAGAGAACUACAGUCCAGAAGUGUCUGAUUAUAAAGAAGGGAAGAUUAUUGGUUUUAAUCACGCCACUAACAUGAUUGAGCUGGAACUUCUCACUCAAUCUCAAGCCCGAGGGGAGCCCGGGAAGUUUGAUCUGGUUUAUCAGAAUCCGGAUGGUUCAGAGAGCGUGGAGUACGCCGUCACAGUCGGAUCUCAGCUGACGGAGCGGUGGGACUCGCUGCUGGAGCCGCGGCUCAUAGUGGAGAACACCGGCUGAGAGAUGGCAGAAGAACCAGGAUUUACCUUUUAGAGCAGUUUUUGUUUUUAAGUGACACUUUUGUGUUGUUGCAUUUUUAAAAAGUACUGU